AUGGGCUGCACAUUAACAGCUACUAAAUCGUCGCUGGUUGAAAACGCCGGACAGAGGCAGAAAGAGAGAUUCAAGAUCAGUAAGCAUAAUUUGAUGGCUGAUGAUAUGAACAUGGAUGACAUUAGCAAGAAAAUGUCAGAGAGUGAAGUGCUUCUCGAAAAACAGCUGGACUUAAACAAGCGACAGAAGUUUCUGAUAUUGAAAUCUUGGAAAGGUAUUUCUAGGGAUAUCAAAACUACAGCCGUGAACAUGUUUUCAAGAUUGUUUGAGACCAACGAAGAAUUAAAGAGUUAUUUCGUUGAUGUUUCUAAAUAUACGACAAUAUCGGACAUAAGGACAAACUCAAGAUUUGAAAGCCAUGCAGUGAUGGUUAUGCAUAUUAUUGAUGACGCAAUGUCUAAUUUGGACGACAUCACUAGCGUUGAAAGUCUUUUGUUAAACGUUGGAGAAUCUCAUACGAGACUGUCUUGGUUCAAAUCAUUCUAUUUUUGGAAACUGGAGGAACCAUUUCUGCUAGCGGUUCGUGAGACACUCGGAGAUCGUUACUCGGCCAACAUGGAGAGCAACUAUAAGAAGGCAAUACAUUUUAUACUGACGCUCCUGGAAUAUGGAUUUAACAAGAAAACAUCAUCUCUUGAUGGUCCACAGUCACCGUUUUAA